AUGGCUCUCUGCACGUCCUCCUGCAGGCUUGACAACCUCUCUCUCUCUUGCUCCUGCUGCAUCUUCAGGGUUGCAACCCUCGCUCUCACUCCCUCCUCUGCAUUCCGCAGGCCUGCCAGCCUCUCUCUUGCUCUCUCCUCCUCCUCCAGCCCUGUCAGCUCCUUACUCGCUCUCUAUUUCUUCUCCUGCAGGCUAGACAACCUCUCUCUUGCUUGCUCCUGCACCUUCUGCAGGGUUGCAACGCUCGCUCUCACUCCCUCCUCCGCAUUCCGCAGGCCUGCCAGCCUCUCUCUUGCUCUCUCCUUCUCCUCCUCCAGCCCUGUCAGCUGCUUACUCGCUCUCUCUUUCUUCUCCUGCAGGCUAGACAGCCUCUCUCUUGCUUGCUCCUGCACCUUCUGCAGGGUUGCUACACUCGCUCUCACUCACUCCUCUGCAUUCCGCAGGCCUGCCAGGCUCUCUCUUGCUCUCUCCUCCUCCCCCUCCACCCCUGCCAGCCUCUCACUCGUCGUCAUGCAACCCUUCCAGCGUCUCUCUCACUCUCUCCUCCUCCUCAUACUGCCCCCUCAGCAUCUCUCUCAUUCUCUCCACCUCCUCAUGCAGCCCCGCCAGUGUCUCUCUCAUUCUCUCCUUUUCCUGUCUCACCAGAUUCUCCCUCGCUCUCUCCCCUACCACUGCCGCCUCUUCCUUUGCCUCCUGCAGCUUCCGCGCUGCUUCCUCUUGUGCCUUUCUCUCCCCCACUCGCUCCCUUUUCUUCAGUUCCUCUACCCUCCUCAGCGCCUCAUCCCUCUCUUCCGUCAACCUCCUCACAUCCUCUCCCUCCCUCACUCUCUCCCCUCGUGCUGCCACGUCACUCCCCUCCCCUCAUCCACCACGUCAGCCUCCACAUCUGCCACCGCAAGUCCUCCUGCUUCCCCCGCUGCAGCCUUGCCCCUCAUGGAAAGCGGAGACUCAAUCCCCUUGGCGCAAAGGAACGCCAUUGCAAGAUUCCUUGCAGGAAUCCUGCCCUCCUGGUGGUGGGGCAAGGAGGGGAGGGAAGGGGUAAGAGAUGGUUGA